AAACAACUGGAUUAAACACACCGGGAUGUAAAUGGGAUGUAAACGUUUGGAUUACCGGCGAGCGCAGGACAGUCCACUAAAAGCGGUUCAAAUGCUGUGGGUGAACCUGAUAAUGGACACACUGGCCUCGCUAGCCUUGGCCACAGAGAUGCCGACCUCUUCCCUGCUGUUACGCAAGCCGUACGGCCGCACGAAACCACUCAUAUCCAGAACAAUGAUGAAGAACAUCAUUGGACAUGCAAUUUAUCAAUUGGUUGUUAUAUUUUUUCUUUUGUUUGGAGUGACAAAUUUUUUGAUAUCGAUUCUGGACUGCACGUCUCGCUGAACUCCUUUCCCACACAACAUUUCACUAUAAUAUUCAACACAUUUGUAAUGAUGACACUAUUCAAUGAAGU